AUGGCCCAGAAAGAAGAGGCCGCUGCGGCCGCUGCGCCCGCUGCGCCUGCUGCGCCCGCCUCCCAGAACGGUGAGGAUCUGGACGAUCUGGACGACCCUGAGAAGCUGAAGGAGCUGAUUGAACUGCCUCCCUUUGAGAUCGUCACAGGGGAGCGGCUGCCCGUCAAUUUCUUUAAGUUUCAGUUCCGGAACGUGGAGUACAGCUCCGGGCGGAACAAGACCUUCCUCUGCUACGUGGUGGAAGCGCAGGGCAAGGGGGGUCAGGUGCAGGCCUCCCGCGGGUACCUGGAGGACGAGCACGCAGCCGCCCAUGCCGAGGAGGCCUUCUUCAACACCAUCCUGCCGGCCUGCGACCCGGCCGUGCGCUACAACGUCACCUGGUACGUGUCGUCCAGCCCCUGUGCCGCCUGCGCCGACCGCAUCGUGCGGACCCUCGGCAAGACCAAGAACCUGCGCCUGCUCAUCCUGGUGGGGCGCCUCUUCAUGUGGGAGGAGCCCGACGUCCAGGCCGCGCUGCGGAGGCUGAAGGAGGCCGGCUGCCGGCUGCGCAUCAUGAAGCCCCAGGACUUCGAGUACGUCUGGCAGAAUUUUGUGGAGCAGGAAGAGGGCGAGUCCAAGGCCUUUGAGCCCUGGGAGGACAUUCAGGAGAACUUCCUGUACUACGAAGAGAAGCUGGCGGACAUCCUGAAGUAG